CGGCCCGAUGGGGCGGGCGGCCGGCAGCCUGGCCCCGCUCCGGCUGCUGCUGCUGCUGGCGCUGGGGCACGCCUGGACCUACCGGGAGGAGCCACAGGACGGCGACAGGGAGGUUUGCUCCGAGAACAAAAUCGCCACCACCCGGUACCCCUGCCUGAAGCCCACGGGCGAGCUCACCACCUGCUUCAGGAAAAAAUGCUGUAAGGGUUAUAAGUUUGUUCUUGGACAGUGCAUCCCUGAAGACUACGAUGUCUGUGCUGAAGCUCCUUGUGAACAGCAGUGCACAGAUAACUUCGGACGAGUCUUAUGCACUUGCUACCCUGGGUACCGCUACGAUCGGGAGAGGCACAGGAACAGGGAGAAGCCUUAUUGCCUGGAUAUCGAUGAGUGUGCCACAAGCAAUGGGACACUGUGUUCUCAGAUCUGUGUCAACACCGUGGGCAGCUACAGAUGCGAGUGUCACGAAGGCUACAUCCGGGAGGAGGAUGGCAAGACCUGCACCAAAGGAGAUAAAGCUGUGCUUCCGGAGAAAUCUGAAAAUGUGGUGAAAUCAGGGACAUGCUGUGCUUCCUGUAAGGAAUUUCAUCAAAUAAAGCAGACGGUUUUACAACUGAAGCAAAAGGUUGCUUUGCUACCAAAUAAUGCUGCUGAUCUUAGCAAGCAAAUCACUGGUGAAAAAGUGCUUGCAUCUAAUGCAUACAUCCCUGGCCCUCCAGGCCAGCCCGGCCAACAAGGCCCUCCAGGGGCUCCAGGACCAAAAGGGAGUCAAGGAGUUCCUGGGUCACCUGGACCUCCUGGACAGCCAGGCCCUCGUGGAUCAAUGGGACCUAUGGGUCCAUCUCCAGACAUAUCACACAUCAAGCAGGGCAGACGGGGCCCCGUGGGCCCACCAGGAGCCCCAGGGAGAGAUGGUAGCAAGGGCGAGAGAGGUGCACCAGGACCAAAGGGGAUACCUGGCCCACCAGGUUCAUUUGAUUUCCUAUUGCUGAUGAUGGCAGAUAUCAGAAAUGACAUCGCUGAGCUGCAAGAGAGAGUGUUUGGACACAGGACUCAUUCAUCAACAGAGGAGUUUCCAUUACCUCAGGAAUUUACAAACUAUCACGACACAGUAGAUAUUGGAUCUGGAGAAGACUACAAACCACGGGCACCACCCAGAGACUCCAGGAUACAAAAGGCAGCCCAUCCUUAGCUACACCUACUGAAAAAUAGAGCCUCUUUAGAGUGCUUUGUUAUAAAAAUGCACUGACAAUGUAAAAUAUAUAUUGUAUUAUUUCCCACUUUUCUCUCUGUUUUUCCCCAACCAUGCUGUCUGUGCUGUAGCUUUCCUGGUUCAUGGUAGCCUCCUUGCAGUAACUCCAUACCGUCAAGUAAGCACUGUGUGUUGUACUUAUACCGUAAAGAAAAUCUUGUUAAUAUAUAAUACAGUUAAGGCAUGCUCCAGCUAAUGGUGCAGACCACAGCAUUUCAUCUGCCUACCUUGCAUUCUAUGCCCAAAUGACCUGGUACUCAAAUUUUGCCUGGGGUAGAAAGGUAGAUGAACAUCAUCCCUGAAUGACGUCAUUAAUGAAAAUCUUGGUCCAUACUUGUAUACUACACAUGUAUAAUAUAUAUACAAUACUUGUAUAAUAUACAUGUUAUACCACUGAACUCAAGGCUCCAGCUACUGUCCCCAGGCUAAGAAGGGUGUGAAAAGUAGAUUUCUGUUUCAUAGCAGAGGCCAGCUGUAAAAUAAAUGUCUUGUAUUAUGCCUCACCAUGGCAGGAAAAAAAAAAAAUGCGGAUCAAAAAAUUGAUCUGGAAAUUAUUUGACUUUUUGUUAAAAAGAUGUGUUUGUCCUAAACUAAUAUUACUUUUCCCUUGCCGUUCUCCCAUUGCUCAGUGUGAAGGCUGAUUCCCUUACUCAACAGAUCCAUGCUGGAUAUGUUACACAAAGGUGAGCAGAAGAACAGGAAAUGUAUAAAGCGGGAAAAUCAAGCAUAAGUGAAUCAAGUGGGCUUAUUGGCAAGCACAAAAUCAAUCCCAGCCUUGCAGUAGGAGUUGGAUUCUGACCUCCACUGGUGAAAUGCUGAAAUCCAAGUGAAAUCGAGACCAGGGAGAGGCCUCAUGUUUGCAAAGAGGUUCCAUCUGUUUUGUUCCUCUGCUGCAUGAGGGUGACCUAAAAUGGUAUCAGUGGAACUGGAACACGGAGUUGCAGUGUAUUUGGCUGGGUGUAUGAGGAGUAUGAGUAGGUGCAGGAGUGCACAUGACAAAACUUUUCCACAUGGAUGGCUAAGGUGAGGUACUGCACAUGGGAUCCUAUAUUGGUGAAGGGGGAUAAAAGGGAUUGCCCUUUUUUUACACUGGAAAAUUGGAUGCCCAAGUUAGACCAUACCUCAUGGAUGAUGUACGGUGCCAUUUCUUUUGGACUACCACAGCUGCUGAGGACUUUGCCAUGCUUAGAAGAUAAAGGAGUAUGUUAAGCACAAAACUUCAAUGUUGUAUCCUUGUAGCUGCUACUUCUACAGUAUGUUUAGUGCUGGGUCAUGUCCAUGUUAUAAAUGCGAAGAAAAAAAUUAUCAUUUUGCCAUGCUUUUCAGAGCUGGAAGUUCUAAAAUAAUAAAUACAGGUAAAAAUAUAAGGAGGCCCUUUUCAAAUCAGCCGUAAAGGUUUGGGUUUCCUUCCAUAUUCUUUGGCCCUAAAGCUAGUUAGUACAACCUUUACACCACCAGUACAGGUCGUGUUUUAUGAACAGCUGGCUGCCUAGACCUUUCUUUUGUGUAUUAUCUUAAGAGAAUGUGUUAAUCAUUUCCCAUCUCCUCGCUGUCACUAUGCCACAAGCAAGGGCAUUAGCUUUAAGAACAUUAAUGUUCUGUUUUCUUCUUCAUGUUAUAUGUAUAUCGAUAUUUACAAAUCAAGGGGAUAACUUAGAAAAAAAAAUAUAUAUAUAGUUGUAGUGCUCUCACCCUGUCAUUUUUGGGCUUCUCUGGGAGGAGCUCCCUUGGAAGCUGCUGAUCCAAGUAGUCUCAUGAACUAGGUAGGAGGGAAAUCAGUUGAGAUUUAGGGAAGGAAAGCGUGGCCAAAAGAGGCAGGCAGCAGUCUGAAAGAAACCUCUAAGACACCAUGAAGUGAGGCACUUACACCUUAUUUUUCUAAAUUUCAAACAGGCAAGUAGUUAUAAAUAAUUUAAAAAUAUGCAUCUUAAAUUUGUUAAAUGUCACAUGUUCUAUGUGUAACUCUUGAAAAUGAUGUAACUCUUGCAUAAGUUCACUACCACAUCCUAUCCAUCACCUGCUGGAUCAGGUUGAUUCCCACUGGAGAAUUUGUAGCUGCAGCUUUUUUUGACCAUCAGGUACUGAAUAAUGUGUUAGAUGAAUGACUUCCUACGUAACAACUCAAGUCUGUGCCCCCCCGCCCCAUAAGAAGGUGUGUGAUAAAAAAAGACACUUACUUUAGUCCUAAUCUCUGCUUUUCUAAAUACAGACAAAUGCCAAAGUUCCUACAGACCAUCAAAUUCAGGGGAAGGGGACAAUUUACCCUGCUGUGCUAAAACAUCCAGAGAAGGGAAAUUCUGAGGGUAGAUCAGAAAAAUAGAUAAAAUACAUCUAUGAAAAUCUAAUCUAAAAAUCUACAUCUAAAAUACCUCUAUAAAAUACAUCAAUAACUUAUUUUAUAAAAUACAUCUGUAUUUUUUCUGCUCUGUAAAUACAGAAAGCUGUCCUACAGACCCAUGAACAUAAAAGCUGGCACAUGCUUGUGUGAAUUUCUGAAUGGAAACCUGGAAACCUUAGUCUCUUCCCUUUCUGGAGUAGAGAUCACUGGGUUUAAGUCUAGAGCAGGGUUUCCAACAGACACACGGACUCCGUAAAAAAGGUGAAGCAAAGUGAAACCUGGGUUUGUCCUUGUGCUUCACCCUCCUCUUUCCAGAGUCCCUGCCCCAAAUCUGUUGGCUGAGUCCCAACAGAAAGGGGGGGACACUAUGGUAAAGAGAAAUCCAGGAAUUUCUCCAGCAGGGUGAGCCCCUCUGAGCACAGCUGGACAGAAAGGCUCAGCCUUCUGACUGUGUCCUCCCUGCAUAGACCUUUUUCUUUUUACCUCUGAUUAACCAUAUGAUAACUUUCAUAACACAUUGUAUCAGAAACAAUUCGUUAAGAUUUCUGGAUAAAUUGCAUACACUCAUGUAGAAAUGUGAUGUUUUCUUUAGGAUACCGAAGCUUUUUUAAAGCCGAAAUAAUUUCCAGUUAAAAAUUUGGUCACUGGGGAGCCAGGGAAGUCUUUACCUUGCAAAUUAUUUAUUCGUAUAUGGUCCCAAAAAUAACAACACCCUCCCCUUCACAAGAAUCUAAGAAAAGAAUGUAGUAUCAGCUACACUUACGCCCAGUUUCAAUGCUAGACUCAUGCACAUGACAACUUUGUUUCGUAUAAAUACUAUGUAUAAUUUUAUUAGAAAUAAAUCUUAUUUUGAUGUUAAGACAUCAGGUUAUAAGCAGAAGGAUAAUAAAGAGUUUGUUAUUUUAUUAAUAUUAGAAAUCUAUUUAAUGAAAACAUUUGCAAGAGUGUGUAGUGAUGGGAGAAUGGUGAUUGUUAAUGGGUUUUAACAGAAUUAUGAAGCUUGGAAAUUUUUUUCUUUAAACACUGUGCUAAGUAGAUACAGGAUUAGUCUUUCUUGCAAAGCUGGAAUACUGACACAGAGUUCCUAUAUUGUCAGGCUAUGUCAGGAAAAGGAGAGAAAAAAUGAUUGUAAGUGGAAUUAAGGUAAUGCCUGGAGUUAUUGUUGGCAUCACAGCUUGAACCUUCUUCCUUGAAGUAUUUCAAAAUAUGCUAAGCCCCAGAGAGGGAACAAAAGAUGGGGGUGGGGUCCAAGGAUUUGUUAAUUUCACAUUAAAGUCUGUAUGUUUGUUCCUAGUACACAUUCCAGUAACUAUAUGGUUCACUUUAUUUAUAUAUGAAAUGCUAAAACGUGUAUAAAAUGAUUGUGAUUUUAUGAUGUAUUCAUAAUAACAAAGCUAUUUUUUCUUACA